AAGCUCUCACUUGCUCUCACAACGACAGUCCAAAAUCCUCAAGACCUGACCGUACCCUUAUAGAGUUUGUAUUGAAAAUGCCAAAGGCUGAUAUUAAUAAAGCUGGAUGGGAACAGAGUGAAUUUCCGAUUCUUUGUGAAACAUGUUUGGGAGACAACCCCUUCGUUCGAAUGUCGAAACAAGAAUACGGCCGUUCUUGUGGCACCUGCGCUCGACCUUUCACAGUGUUUCGUUGGGAUCCAGGAUCGGGCAUGCGUUUCAAGACUACUGUCAUUUGCCAGACUUGCGCGAAGAUAAAGAACGUCUGCCAGACCUGCCUACUCGAUCUAGAAUACGGACUGCCGACUCAAGUGCGAGACACUGCUCUUGGGUAUCAGAGCGAAGCACCCACCAGCGACAUUAAUCGUGAAUAUUACGCCCAAAAUAUGGAAAACAAACUCGAAGGAAACAAAUCCGGACUUGAUAAUGGUCGAGCUCAGUCAGCUGGCAAGGAGAUCUUGAAACAACUGGCCCGAACGGAUCCUUAUUAUAAACGUAACCGUCCGAAAAUAUGCUCUUUUUUUGUGAAAGGAGAGUGCACACGGGGAGCCGAGUGCCCUUACCGUCAUGAAAAACCCGUCGACAACGAGUUAUCACACCAAAAUAUUCAGGACCGUUAUCACGGACAGAACGAUCCCGUCGCUCGAAAAAUCUUGUCACUCAACUCGGCAAAGCAAGGUCUUCAACCCCCGGAAGAUCAAAGCAUUAUCUCGCUGUUCCUGUCUUCACUAGCACCCAGAUCGACUGAGCAGAGUAUACGGAUGCGUGUUCUGCAAUCGCUGCCAUCUAUGGACCCGACUAAUUUGAAAUCGGUCGUUCAUGUCGAGAAGUCAAGAUGUGCGUUCGUCAACUUUGAAGACAGAGAUACGGCUGAGCAAGCGGCUGAGGCUUGGGUCAAUGGUCUAGAUAUUGACGGCCAGAGAGCUGUCGUGAAAUGGGGUAGGAGUCGACCAAAAGCGAUCGCACCCACGGUUCAAUUGCCUGUUGCGUCGUCGUGAACAAGAUUACGGUCACGGUGACAUCAAAUCUCUCCUAUAUGCCAUCGUCUAUGUCCGUAACUGGAAUUCCAGCUAUCGCUCGCUCCCGACUCCCUGAGUUGUGGUUGUUAUUGAGGCUGAGAGGGACUAGGACAACCUUGGAAGUACUGCAUGUACCGAAGAACAGUAAAAUUUGCGACAAAAAACCCG